UAUGAAACUAUGAAAUUAAAUAAAAAAUCUGAAAUAUUAUUAAAAUUAAAUUACUGUUGUAAAAAAAUUGAACCGUAAAUUAAAUAAACAAUAACAAGGCUUAUGUAAAGUUCUAGAUAGGGCUAUCGUAAGAAAUUAAUACAAAUUACAACUGUCGCAGUCACACGGAAUACAGUCAAAUUACACACCAAUACAAUGAUGCGCUACGAUGAAGGUGAACUCACAGACCACAAGCCUUGUGCGGGUGUAAGAGCGGAUCUCAAAAUGUGUCUAUUGGAAUCGGACUGUUGUAAAAUAGAAAAAAAGUUGCCCAAAGACUGCUUGAAAGAGAAAAACUGUCCACCAGAAUGUUUAGCGUUGCAAAAUACAUUUUUUGAAUGCAAGAGAUCUCUUUUGGACAACAGACAGCGAUUCAGAGGAAGAAAAGGCUAUUAAUAACAUACAAUAUAUAUAGAUUUCAAGAGGCUAAGACUUUCUCUGAUGUUUAUAUAUCUUUUUUUUUUAGUUGUUUCUUUUCAAUCGUAAAAAAAAUUAAGUGAUUCAAAAUU